CAACAGCAGCAGCAGACGUCGACAAACAUGAAGCUUCUGAUCGUCCUGAGUGCUGUCGUGGCCGUGGCCCUGGCCAAGCCCGGCUUCCUGGGGGCGGGCGUCGCCGCCCCCGCCUACGCCGCAGGCCUCGCUGCCGCCGUCCAGCCCGCUCCCGUCUACGUGGGCGGCAUCCACCCCGGCCUCGCCGCCUACGGCCCGGCCAACAUCGUAGUCGGUCCCGGCGGCUACAACCUGGACACCCCUGACGUGGCCGCCGCCAGGGGCGCCCACCUGGCCGCCGUCGCCCAGACGAGGGCCCGCGACGCCGCCAUCAAUGGCGCCGCCCUCGCUGCCGCCUCCGCCGCUGGAGAGUGA